CGAGAACAUCGAAACCUCUGACCCCACCUCCUCCGCUCCCACCUCACCACCACCAGACCCUCGAGUUCCUCACACGGUCAACUACUACGAACUCGAACAAUAUGGCGGCUACCCAACAGGUCUUCAUCGACGGUACCUUCGAGGACCUUGCCGACGAGCUCGCGGGCUACAUCGACAAUGUCAAGAAGGUCAACGAGGCAGAGGGCGUCCGCGCCGAGAUCAAGCCGCUCCUGGCUGCCAACAAGAAGGACGACGUGCUGAAGAAGCUGGUUACCGCGGCUCCAGCCCUCAACGGCGCGCCCGAGAAGGAGUUCACCGCCGCAUACAACCUCCUAGUCUACCUGGUCGUCCAGUCGCCCAACGUCAACAUGUUCCUGCCAAAGGUGUGCGAGAACCUGUCGAGGCCCAUCGUGUCGUCCCCACUCAACAGCUCGGGACUCGCGCUGUCGGUCCUCACCACGGUCUUCAACCUACUCGACCCAGAGAAUGAGGUCCGCUUCAACGUCUUCCAGGCCAUCCUCCAGCUCGUCAAGAAGAGCGGCCUCUACGAGAUGCUCCGCCCGCAACUCAAGAAGUUGGAUACCUGGAUCGAGGAGUGGGAUAUCGAUGAGGAGGACCAGCGCAAGCUCUUCGUGCUGGUCGCAGACGUCGCCGCGGAUGUUGGCGAGACCGAGCAAUCCUUCCAAUACCUCCUCCGCGCCCUGCGCACCUUCGACGCCAAGGACACCGCCUCCCUCAGCACCCCCGAGGCGACAGACCUCACCCUUCGCGCGCUCAAAUCCGCCCUCCUCUCCAGCACACACUUCGACUUCCACGACCUGUCCGCGCUGCCCACCAUCCAAGCCCUCGCCGACACGCACCCCGUGUGGUCCGAGCUGCUCGAGAUCGUGUCCGAGAAGGAGCUGGAGGACUACACCGACUUCUGCGACGAGCACGACACCUUCGUGGACGACAACGCCCUCGACGCCGACAUCCUGCACCGCAAGAUGCGUCUCCUCACCCUCGCCUCCCUCGCCGCCUCCACCAGCAGCCGCGAGCUCGAGUACAAGCGCAUCGCCAAGACGCUGCAGAUCCCCGCCGAGGACGUCGAGAUGUGGGUCAUCGACGUGAUCCGCGCCGGGCUCGUCGAGGGCAAGCUGUCGCAGGAGAAACAGGUCUUCCUCGUCCACCGCACCACGUACCGCGUAUUCGGCGAGAAGCAGUGGCGCGAGGUCGCCACGCGUCUCGACACCUGGAAGGACUCGCUGCGCAAUGUCCUCGAGGUCGUCAGGCGCGAGCGCCAGGCUGCUGAGGCGCAGAAGGAGCGCGAGCUGCAUGACGUGGAGCGGAAGGCCCAGGGCGCGAGCGGGAUGGGUGCUGGCAGGCGCGUCGGAGGCCGUGAUAUGAUCGAGAUGGGCACGGAUUAG